AUGUCAACUGCGCAGCAAGUGGUGGAGUGCAUGAGAAUCGCGGAGGAAUGCCGUCGCUGGCAGUCGCGGCUCGAGAUUCAGAUGAAGCAGACAGUCAGGGAGCUGCAGCAAGUUGCAGCAGAUGUGGCGAGCGUAUCUACUGUCAUCGCGCUUCUCUUGCGUGGCGGCGGUGCCCAGACGGAAUCGCGUGACGAAGAGGAGAUUGAAAGUACUGCAUCGACGAGAAAAGAGCUUCAAGAUGCGGAGGCACAUCUCGGGUCUCUGAAGUUGCAAUUGAAUGAGGAGAUGUCGGACCACAAGCGUCUCAUUAAGGACAUUAUUACAGCGAGCGUACGUUAA